GCGAACACCCGGCGAGCAAUUCUGCCAGCUUCCACCAUUCGACACCGCCAUCAUGGGUAAAGGCACCUCCUUUAGGAGAUUAGACGCCUUUGCGAAGGUCGCUGAAGAUGCCCGAAUCCGCACAACAUCCGGUGGUCUCGUCACCCUGAUAUGUUUCGCAUUGAUCUCAAUCCUGAUAACGAGCGAGUUCCUCGACUGGCGGCGGAUAACGGAGACGACGGAGUUGGUCGUGGACAAGACCCGUGGAGAGCGGAUGACAAUUCACUUGAACUUGACGUUCGCGCAUAUCCCGUGCUCGAUGCUUAGCUUGGAUGUCAUGGACGUGUCAGGUGAGACACAGAUCGACUUGAAGCAUGAGAUGAAGAAGCGCCGGGAAACUCGUGAUGGCAAGGUCGUCGCCAUUGAGACGGCAUCGCUCAACUCCGAAGCGGCACCACUGCAAGCAGAUGACUACUGCGGUCCUUGUUACGGCGCAACUCCGCCCGAGUCUGGCUGCUGCAACACCUGUGAAGACGUCCGUGACGCAUACGCACGAAGUGGAUGGGCCAUAGGCGACCUCAACGCCUUCGAGCAGUGCGAAAAAGAACACUACAAGGACAAGCUAGGACAACAAGUGAACGAAGGCUGCACGAUCGCUGGAUCGAUCCACGUUAAUAAGGUUCAGGGCAACUUCCACUUCGCACCCGGGAAGUCAUUCUCCGGACAAGGUGGACAGCACGUCCAUGACCUGAACGAGUUUGGCAAGAGUGCACGGGAGAAGCAGUGGGACUUUUCUCAUACGAUCAAUGAGAUGCGAUUUGGUGAUCGCGCGGACGGGUACUCGGGUCCUCUGGAAGGCACCUCUAAGAGUACAACUGACUCCUUCUACAACUACGUCUACUUCAUCAAGACCGUCGCUACACGUUGGGAGUUCCUGUCAGGCAAGGAGGCAAUUGAGACAAAUCAGUACUCUGUUACUGGUCACGAACGGUCGUUGGCAGGCGGGCUGGACCCCAAUGAGCCUCAUCACGUGCAUAGUAGGGGAGGUAUCCCAGGAGUCUUCUUUUCAUACGAUAUCAGCCCGAUCAAGGUGAUCAACAGACAGGUCCGAAAUAAAACGUUCGGAGGUUUCUUGGUUGGCAGUUGUGCUGCCGUGGGUGGAUUGCUGGCCAUGGCGACCAUGCUUGACCGUGGAGUCUGGGAGACGCAGAAAAGACUGAAGGAUAAGAAGACGCUUUAAAAAG